AAAAAGAACAAGAUCUCAGCCACACGCCGGCUACUCCUAAAAGGCAAGCUGCUGAAGAAGGCAGCGUCUAUGCUUGUAGCUGAGAAAGAGCAGAGCAAGCGUGACAGGGAGAGUGCCCUGAACGAGAGAGUCCCUCCACUCAAACUCUCUGGAUUGUCUGUACAGGAGCUGCAGGAGCUCUGCAAAGAACUCCACCGCAAGAUAGACACCGCUGAUGAAGCACGAUACGACCUUGAAGUUAAAGUGGCCAAAAAUGAAAAGGAGAUCCAAAUGCUGACGCAGAAGAUUGGAGAGCUAAAGGGCACCAUGAACAGAACCAAACUGAAGAGGGUGAAGAAAUCUGCCGAUGCUAUGCUGGGUGCUCUGACUGAAUCCAAAAUGUCAUCGAAGGCAGACUUUAAAGCCAACCUGAAGACAGUCAAGAAAGAGGAGGAGAAGAAAGAGGAGGUGACUGACUGGCGUAAGAACGUGGAGGCCAUGUCUGGUAUGGAAGGCAGGAAGAAGCUGUUUAAUGCUGGUCAAUAAAAGGUUUAUAGAUGCAGAAGGGUCUGCUGUAAACAUGUUAGAAUGGCUGACUGUUUCAUUUUGUGUAAUAUUGUGUCAUAGUUAAGCAACAUUAACUGCAAACUCAUAACAAAUAGAUGGCAUACUCAAGAACAAGGUGCCCCAAGAUGAGAAGACAUCUUUGUGGAAACUGAAGGAAAUCUAAACUGUGCAUAUUCAAUUUGCUUGUAAAAUUAAUUGUGAUCUGUAACUUUCCUUGUAUUUAUGACUGUAGAUAAACUUUUUGUGUCCCAAAGUUGUGUUGUGUCUCAGAACAUGCUGGUCCUUGUGUCAAAUCGGCUGAUGUCAGCAUAAAUGUAUCCUAUAUACAUUUACUUCUUUCUGUGUUGCAUAGAAAUACACUGUGUGCAUUGAUCUGAUCGAUAGGUAAAAUGAAUCUGAUUAGAGAUGGAUGAACUGUACUUGACCUUUUGGGGUGUAGUGUUGUAAGCGUUGUAAGAUGACAGAUAUUGCAAUCCUUUUUGGUCACUUGGAAAUACAACUCACAGUGUAAUGGCAUUCCACAAUUAAAUAUGAUGCAAUGUA